UAGUCCUACUUGGCUUUGUAUGAGAGCUCCCUCGGAUUUUCCCACACUUCACAUAUAAGAUCACCAAGUGAAUGUGUAUAUGCAAAGAAAACUCCAAACCAGACUCGGUUUAAGGUCAAGGAGAGAUGGCAGCUGUAACAUCUGGUGCUGUGUUAAAUGGGUUUGGAUCUCACUUCUUAUGUGGAGGAAAGAGGAGUCAGGACCUCCUUGCUGCUAGCAUUGGUGGCAAAGUUGGUGGUGCUGUUAGUCCUAAAAGAGUUAUUGUGGCAGUUGCUGCUGCACCAAAGAAGUCAUGGAUCCCUGCUGUAAAAGGUGGUGGGAAUUUCACUGAUCCAGAAUGGCUUGAUGGCUCGCUACCAGGUGACUAUGGCUUUGACCCUCUAGGACUAGGAAAGGACCCAGCAUUCCUGAAAUGGUAUAGAGAAGCUGAACUCAUUCAUGGGAGGUGGGCAAUGGCUGCAGUUGUGGGCAUAUUUAUUGGUCAGGCCUGGAGUGGAGUUCCAUGGUUUGAGGCUGGUGCUGAUCCUAAUGCACUUGCUCCUUUCUCCUUUGGUUCUCUUCUGGGCACCCAGUUGCUCCUAAUGGGAUGGGUUGAGAGCAAGAGGUGGGUGGAUUUCUUCAACCCAGAUUCUCAGUCAGUGGAAUGGGCCACCCCAUGGUCAAGAACUGCUGAGAACUUUGUUAACUCUACUGGCGAUCAAGGCUACCCUGGGGGCAAAUUCUUUGAUCCUCUGGGAUUUGCGGGCACAAUCAGGGAUGGUGUUUACAUUCCAGAUACAGAGAAGUUGGAGAGAUUGAAAUUGGCUGAGAUUAAGCAUGCUAGGAUUGCAAUGCUGGCUAUGCUGAUUUUCUACUUCGAGGCUGGACAAGGGAAGACACCUCUUGGUGCUCUUGGUUUGUGAACAAAAUAAUGUACUUAGUUGAAUUGAGAGGCUAGGGAGACAAUUUGAAUCAUUGUCCUGUAGAGCCAGAUUUCUCCCUUGAAAAUUUUUCAAAUUUUAUGCUCUAAACUUUGGAUGCAUUCACCUUGUAUCUGCAUUAUAUAUUUAUAAUAUUGACACCUCAUAUGUAUACUUCCAUCCAUAUUCAUUUCCAAACCAGAUGGAGUGAAAUAGUU